AUAUCGUCUCAUACCAUCACGAACCCCUUGUUGUCAUGUCAUAGAAUGAGGCCGGGACGACAACGAUGGCGAUAUCACAACCAGCUUCUCCUUCUACUUCUCUUCCUCCUUCCCGGCGUGGCGAAUUCGGUCAAAUGUUACUGUACUGACGAUCAUUGUGUACCAUAUGGUUCAUGUGAUGGUACUGUAUGUUUAGUUGGCAUUUUGAGAGAUAGCAAUCAAGUGAUACGAACGUGUGGAACGAAUACUCUUGGAUGUCAUAAAAACGAAGACGAUAAAUGGACGGAUCUUUGCGCAUGCGAUCAACCAUUCUGCAAUACUUUUGCGUUCCUCAGGACCCACACCAGAAGAACGUCUCAAGCUUCAUCUUCAUCUUCUUCUUCGUCUUCUUCUUCUGCUGGAUUCGCACCACCUUCUUCCUCAUCAUCUUUCGAUUCCAGUCGUCAAGAGGAUUCAAUGUCGCCUGCGGAUCCACAUCAUGAUGCUCCGCUGGUUUUUCAUCGAAUGGAUCGGCCUGAUGAUGGGAUUCCACCACCUCCACCUGGAUUAAUGGAACGAGAGGGACCAAACAAGACGUCACUGCUUACUCUUCUUCUUGUAGUGGUUCCUCUUACAGUUGGAGCUGCUACAGUCAUGGUUGUUGCCUUCAACUAUUACUGUCACCUGUGCUAGCACAGCAUGGCGGUAUGUCUGAUCUGUGAUUCAAUCGGCCAAACACAAAACGAUUCGGCGUCUUGUCUCACUUUUUCAGUCAUUCCACCCUCUGUCUUUCGCAACCACAACGAGUAUGCUCUUCCAACAAGAUGGUCUUCUUUGAGCAUUAGGAGACGUUCAUCGGUCACUGAUAUCCUGCCAGACGUGAAGAUUUCUGCUUCGGGAGUUCUGAUUGGAGCUUCUUCUUCCUCAAAUACAGUGUAGAAUGUGGAAUUUGAAAUAUGGAUGUUAAUUGUGCCACGUGUGGAACGUUCGCAUUCUCCGACCCAAGAUUCGGAAAAGCAUUCAAAUGUAUGGCUAUAAUAGUCAUCGCCAUCUCUGAAUGUACAUCUCCAAUUCAACACGAACAUUGGAUCAGAAGAGUAUAGGUACCAAUCACCAUUCAACUGAAAGUCAGAUCUUUGAUUGACACCUUAAGAAGUCUGCCUACCUGUUCUGUACUCGACAAUGUUUCAUUCGGAAGUUUGCACACUGGAGCAAUCAGUUGUGAGCAGUUCUGUUUCUCUGGUAUAGCAGUUGGAGCCAAACACGGCAGAACUCCAGACAUUUGAGCUUCACGGAGAAGAAGAUCGGAAUGUAUUCCUGCUGGAUGAAUAAGAGCGACAAGACCAUCAUCAGCUGGAAGGUAGAUCAAAUUCCGAUUGCGAAGAGAGAAUCGAAUUUGUGAAACUGGUGACGAAAGACAUCCCGAUGAUCUGGAAUGGGAGUGGAUUUGAUUCAAUUCAACCCAUUCUGCAUUACUUGAAGAACUAUCGAUGGAACUGCAAGCGGGAGGUUUGAGACGAUUAUGCUCAAAUAUGCAUUCAUCUGCAAUGAAAUAUUUCUUGGGAUAACACGGGUUAUUCUAGGAUCUCUUCAAUUUUGGAACCUGACUUAUGUGCCUUUAACAAUCGUGAUAAUUGAUCUCUUAUCUUUUUUGUUUCUUUCAAAAAAACAUUAGAUUUAUCUAUCAAUUUCCCCUCAAUGUUCAAGUCUUUUUUGUGUAUUAAAUUGUAAAUCGGUGCCUUCUAAUAAUAUCCGUUUUUGUCU